CUGUUAAUACUUUUUAAAAAAAUCUUUUUUGUAAAUAUUAAAAAAUAAAUGAACAAUUGAAAGUGCCUGUUUUGACGUUUCUAUUUUAUAUAUGUUUUUAAGAAAAUAAUCUUUAAAAAAAAUUAAUUUCCGUUUAAUAUUUAUGACAAAAUGUCCCAUCCACGAAUUAGGAAGCAGCUAGAUACCAGUGGAAAUGGUACACGGAGACGUUACUGUUUAGAGACUUCAGUGGAUUGUACUGUUUCUAAUAUAGAUAUAAAGCAACGUAGUCGAAACAGUAACAAAAUACCGAAGAGUAUACGUUAUGAAUUAGAAAACGCAUUAGUUGGACUGUGCAAUGUUUGGUUUGAAGAGAUUAAACCGCAUCUAGUCCGAAAUAAUAUAAAAGUGCACGUUCACAAUAGCGAAGGUGCCGGCAAAGCGAGCGGCGACCACCAGCGCCUACCACCCGGCGCUCCAGGCUGCUCACAUCUUGACCCAGGUGCUGCCUCCGAUCUUCAACCGCAUCUGCUUGCGAAUUGUGCCGGCUGUUGUUCAACGCAGCGAGCAGCAUCGAGAGCGCAGUGUCACAGGCAGCCAGCGCGUUUCCCGCCACGAAUGGAAGCGCCAGCGACGCACAUGAUAGUAUCGAAUCAAUGUCCUAAAUGUGAAAAUAAGAAUGCCAAAGUACCUCGGAAAUAUCGAAAGAAAUGUUUCAAACAGUACGAGACACAGUUUCUGCAAUACAACUGGCGAGUACCACGUCUUUGUCGUACCAAUGGUUGUCUACCACCUCGGAGUCCAACCAUUUACAGAACCUCAUGUUCACCUUCAUAUCAAAAUCAAACUGCGGAUCUUGUUAAUAUAAUCGGUGAGAAAUAUGAUAAACGGUCACGAAUUUUGUACAAGAGUCCCACUAGAAACGAGUCGAUACCUUCCCAUAUGAAUCUUGUACUAACACCAAAGAAUUUGUUGUAAAAUGCGAAGAGUUUUAAGAAAAAUCAACCUUGGAGGAGCGUCGCAAUAGCCAGCAGCAACCUGGUCCUCUUCAUAGUCACAGUCCAGUUUCAGUCCGCGACCUGCAACCAACGAAACACGUUCAGGAGAGCACUAGCCUAGGGCCCGAGCGCGGGCGGCGCUGGACAUGAGCGCUAGUGAUGCGACACUUUCGGCGCGGGCGCGGCGACCAUGGCGGAGACUGUGUUAGCCGCACUGCUUGCGCCGUGGACGCUGCAGUAGCUCCCCCCACGCCCCGCCACCCAAGCCCCACCAGCGUAGCAAGUGGGGCUGACCCACUGACCGAAUGCAGCGUGCAGCGCCGGAACUGCACCGGUCGCAUCUUUCCAGCGACGCGUGCCUCUCCCGUUUCAUCGAGAGGAAACCGCAUUCGGCCUUCACCUUAUUACGCUCAAGGUCAACUGUAUUUACACGCUUAUUGAACAUUUUUUAUAAACAAAUAUUGACCGUUUAUUUACGGUACUAUUGGUUUAAGAA